GCGGUCAGGAAGACACUAAAAAAGCUUCGAAGCAUUUGAUUGACCAAUGCAUCUGAUUGGUUAAUGCUUCGAAGCAUCUCUAGCGUUUUCUCGACCGAAGACGCGAAUAUAGUUGGAACAAGUUCGUUUUAAAGUUGGUUACGAAACCGCGUGAAAUGCGCGCCUAAAAUGCACGAAAGUAUCAUGGCGGACGUAUAACGCGCGUCUAACUCGCGUCCGCCAUUCGCGAGUUGAAAAGACUUUAUUACCGUCGCGAGAGUUAUCGUGAAUCUUCGUGCAAUGUGUAUUAGUGUACGCUUUCCUCGGAUAGUGUUCAAAAACUGCCGGCCAACCGUGUUUAAUUACGUAUCUCGGGACGAUCGUUCGUCCGAUGAUCAAAGCUGUUCGACGACCGUUAGUGAUACGGGCAACGGGUAUGAAGUGCGUGAAAUUCGGGAGUGUACGUUCCGAAUCGUCGCCAUGUAUACUUUAUCGCAUCGUUCUUUCGUGAUAUACGAUGCGUGUGAUACGUGUGUUUGUUAUCAAACUCGCGAAUCGGACGAAAGUAGCAUCAUCGCGUUGGCUCGCGAAAGAGAUCGAGAGCAUAAAUCAAGCGUCUCUUGUUCUUGGAAAUGCGUAUGACUUAUCGUUAGCUCGCCACACACACACACACACACACACAUGGCGAGUCUACGUAACCGCGUGUUCAAUCCUUCGUAGAAAGAUCGAGUGCGGCCCUGGGAUCGCGACACCGCCUAUUCGCGUGAGGCACACAGUAUACGCGUGCUCGUAUUCGACGCCUUCUUAUAUAUGUAUAUAUCGCGGCGCUAUCCACAUACGCGUCGCUCGUUCUCUCUCCCUCUCCCUCCUCGGUGUGGCGUAGUACCGCGCGUCGCCAUCGGCGGUGAGACGGCGGCGCUGUCAGUCGUACUUCUGCCGUGGCGCCAUCGUGUUGCGUCGUCCGUGCUCCCGAGUCCGUGCAGUGGACCACAGUUCGCUCUCCGCAGCUCAUCGUGUCACUGUGAGAGGUAGACGCGCCUUCGUCGUGUCGUGUGUAUAUAUCAAGCAGUGCGAACCUCGUCGUGAGAGCCGCGCGUGCGAAAAAUGCUUGGACAGUGAGUGAGAAUAGAGAGAUAAUAAACAGUGACGCCGUCGAAAGUUUCGUCGCGGGGGGUAAGGGACGCGACGUGUGAAAUCGCGGCGCGCGAACUCGAAACGGACGGGCGCGCGCGACACAUGAGGAGGAGGCGAACUCGCCGGGCGAGUUCGGACGAAGAGGAAGCAGCCAAGAGCGAUAUUAUCAGGAGCGGUCUUACAACGGGGAAUGCAGCUUCGGGAUUGUCGUUUGCGGCCGCGGCCGGCCGCCACGCAUUCGGAGACAUGACGCGAUGAUCGUCGUGGCACCCGGUGCAACCGCCUUUACUACUCCAUCACGCUGCUGCCGUCGCCACCGCCGUCGUCGUCGUCGUCGUCGUCGUCGUCGCCGUUCACGUCAUCCGCCCGCGUUCUCCUCUCUCUGUCUCUCUCUGUCCUCUUCUUCUCUUUCUCUCUCUAUCUCUCUAUCUCUCUAUCUCUCUCUCUUAUCUCGCUCCUGUGUGUGCGUGCACCGCCCCGUAGUCGGCACGGAAAGUGUGACGGAUAAGUUGUUUCUACCGUUCAUCGUAAACGCCCCAGCCAAGAAUCAUGGGUGAUGUGCACGGGCUUUGUCUAGUUAGUGACCUCGGUCAGGAGGAUACCGCCGGAGACGACGUCGGGACGUCGACAGUCGUCAGCAUGCCCAUUGGGAAAAGCUGCCGGCAAAGCUACGAGUUGCUGGAGCAUCGUCAACGCAGCACCGAGCUCUCGCUUUCAUCGACACGGCGUCACCGAGUCACCGCGAAGCAAUCCAAGCUGAAUUUCGACAUUUCCAGAGCGCAUUCGAGCCAUCAACAGAGACGAGGCGAACAGCAGGAAACCCGCCAGACAUCGCGGCGCAGCUUCACCGUCAACGGCGUUCUCCACCUGCUCGUCCUGGUCGGCCUUUUCGCUCUUAGCACUGCCGAGGCACGGACUUUCUGUCCAAAUGGCUGUACUUGCGACGACGAUACCCUGGUUGUCUCUUGUGUAGGCGCCAACCUAGAUGUAAUACCGAUCGCGCUGAAUCCCAGCAUUCAACGGAUAGUGCUGAAGGACAAUCGUAUCAAGAUCGUGGACGCGGCGGCCUUCCAGUUCUAUGGCGAUUUGAAGAACGUGGAUCUCUCCAGUAACCACUUGUUCACCAUACCGAACGGAAGUUUCGACGCUCAACGACACUUGGUAGAACUCCACUUGAAGCACAAUAAGAUCUCGGCGCUGACUGAGAAAACGUUCCAGGGCCUCAAGUCUCUCACAGUGUUGAAUCUGCGAGACAACUAUCUGGAAACGCUAAAUAGCGGCUUGUUCGCCUACCUGUCGAAGCUCGAAGAGCUCGAUCUGGGUCAGAAUCGCAUAUCGAAAGUCGAGCCAGGUGCAUUCCAAAAAUUAGGCACUCUUCGGGUGCUGUAUCUUGACGACAAUCAAUUGCGAACCAUACCGUCGCCAGCCUUAGCGCCGAUGAAGGCCCUCGCCGAGCUUCACAUCGGCUGGAACGCCUUUUCCUCAUUGCCGGACGAUGCAUUUAAGGGUCUUGAGCAGUUGGCGGUACUGGAUAUCAUGGGCGCCGGGUUGGACAAUAUUAGUGACGGGGCGUUUCGCGGCUUGAACGCCCUUCGCAGCCUGAAACUGAGCGCCAAUAAGUUGCGCGAAGUACCGACAAAGCAGCUGGCAGUGUUACUGCGCCUGGAAGAGCUCACCCUGGGUCAGAACUUUUUUACGAUCCUGCGAUCAGGCGCCUUUCAGAGUCUAUCAACGCUGAAGAAGCUCGACGUGUGCGGUGCUAAGCUGCUAACCACCGUUGAAAAGGGAGCCUUCUCGGACAAUGCUAAUCUGGAGACUCUCGUAUUGAAUAGUAAUAAACGGCUGGCCACCAUGGAGGACGGUUCCCUGGCUGGUUUACCGAAUCUAAGGCAUCUGAUGCUGCGCGACAACGCUUUCGUCACAUUCUCGGAAUCGCUGGUCGCCUGGAAUGAACUGCGCCGACUGGAUCUCAGCGAGAAUCCGUUAAUCUGCGAUUGCAGUCAACUCUGGUUGGCCGACGUUCUCGUACCGCGGAAUUCCAGUGCAGUGAUAUGCGCUGAACCACCCGAAUCCAAGGGCAAACCUAUCAAGGGCAUGACUCCUGACGAACUGGGCUGUGCUUUUUCGGAUCCGCGCAAGCAGGCUCUGCUGGCGACGGUAUGCGCCGCCGGAUUGGCCCUCUUUACCGGUAUCGCUCUGAUUUUGUACUACCGAUGCCGCAGACGCGUACGAGACGCGCUUAAGGAUUACAAAUGGAAGAACCGCGCGAUAUCGCGGAAGGAACACGAAUACCAGAAGACCUUCUCCGAUGACGAGUACAUUGUUCGUUCAGCGCACGCUCAUCACCAUCAUCAUCACCAUCAACCGCCACAGUCCCAGCCAGUGUCCACGCAUCAUCAUCACCAUCAUCUUCAGCAGCAGCUGCAGCAACAACAACAGCAGCCGCAUGCACAGAUGACGGCCGGUAUCAAACCGAUACCGGUGACGGAGCUCACCACCCUCGCCGAGGGCUUUACCUACAUCGACGGCGAGACGGCGCGCCAGAUGCGCCGCCCGGGAACGCUGCCCGUCGCGAACAAUGCUUCCGGUCACCGCGGAGGAACUGGAGGAGGAAAAGGAGGAGGUAACGGAACGGGAGGAGGCGGUAGGGGCGUCGUGGAUGAUGGCACGUCGUCACUGAGCUCCGCACCGAUCGACGGGGUCACGUCCAGCGGAGCGAGAUCCCAUUACUCCAGUCACUCCUUGCGUCGAACGCCGCAUUCGCAGCCACAGCUCUCGGCCAGAGAACCGGACGAUCGGAUGCGAACUUUGGAAUCCGGACUCCAGAAUGGAAUCCCGGCUGGUGGUCGUCAUCAGUCGUCGCCACCGCCGCCGCUGCCCUCCAGGCAUCAGGCAAAUUGUGGCCAGUCCUCGUAUCCCACUCUGCCGGUCAACGGACACGCCGCUCAUCAUUAUCAUCAUCACGCGAGGGAACGCGAAAAAGACAGGUCGUCCGCUCGCGAGAGAAAUCGUGAGCGGGACAACGGUCCAUCACCGCCGCCGCCACCGCCGCCGCCCGUAUCGUCGCACCGAUCCGAUAAGCAUCGAGAGGCCCAACUGGAGAUGGAGCUGCGCGAUAGCCUUGACAUGGGCGUUAUCGGGACAUAUCGAGCGUAGACGAGCGCCGAUGAACCGGAUGCGGCACCUUGCAGAUCAAGAAAAUGAGAAAACGCAUCUGGAGUCAAGAAAAGAUAUAAUUGCACGUUCGUGUGAACUCCUCCGCGUUGUUUCACUUAGUACGGAAAAAUUUGCAAUAAGAAUACUUCAAAGAUGUGUGACGAUGACAACCUGAAGUUCUUGUCGUCACGAAGCGCAAAGAAAAGAGAGUCAAUGAAAUAAAAGGAAGAAACAUGGACGAGGAAACAUUGACGAAGAAUAUCAAGAAAGAGAAUAAUCGUCAUGUCGAUAUGAUAGCGCCAUCGGAAAUAUAUUCGGGAUAUCUAUUUGAUCGAUAUACUAUAUUGAUCAGGACAUCGAUAUAGUCGUUUGAUUAUCGAUGUGAUAAUGCCGCAAUCAGCAAGUCAGCUCUCUUUUCUGACACAAGAUCACAUUCUAAAAAUUACGUAUUUCGUCAGCUCUCAACGGUUCUUUAGUCAAUUUAUCUUUCCGUGCGACCACUCGAGAGUUAAUACUCUACGUUAUGUUGGGGGCUAUCAUCGUCUCAUGAAUCUCCAGAGAAAAGAAGAUUCAACAAACACGGAAAUGACUUUCGCCAGGAGUUUUCUCCGUCUUAUCACUGAUGACCACAAGAUUGUCGCAGCCUUGUCAAGGAUGAGUGAUGCCAAACGGAAAUCCCUCGCGGAUGAAUAAUCCGUGGGAAGACAGGGUCGAUCUACGAUCCCCAACCGACGGAAACGACGGGCCAUCGGUCAUGUGGAGCCUGUUGUUCCAUGUGAUACACAUAUACCUAUACGCGUAAAAAUGCUGAUAUACAUGGUAUGAUCGUGCCGAGACCACCGAGCUCGAUCGAAAUUGAAGUUCAAUAGCGCAUCGGUCUAUGUCGAGUGAGACUCUUCGAGAGAUCCGGAGAAUCAACGAGAACAUAACGAGUUGCUUAAACAGCGCCGAAGAGAUGACCGACAGCGAUUCGUUAGGGUCUAUCGAUUCGUCGCCCGAUCGUUUUAUUCGAGACAAACACGCGACAAGAAUUCGUGUCACGAAACGUGUAUCAUAAGCGAGGAGAUAUCGUACUAUAAAGAACGUAGAACUGCAGCUAUAUAAAUAUACAUAUACAGAUAUAUAAAUAAAAAAGUAUAUAUAUACAUAAAUUAUAUAUAUUCUAAACGGUCGAAUUAUUUUCUAAAUAAAAACACCAAUGUACAGAGGCAAUGACAGAGACGAUAUAGUUGAGCUAGUGUCACGCGUCCUCGACUAUCGUAACUUUAAUGAACUUAACUUUAAAUCGAGAGUUUCCGGGUACCUGCCUACUAAGAAAAGAGAAUGAAAAUCAGUAAGCGGGUACCCGCUUACAAUUCGAUCCCUCGAUCACCGAGAGAGAAGAGAUCGUGGGAUGGAGAUAUUAUCAAAAUAUUGGUAUCGCGCGCGAAUUAGCCGUAUGUAAGAUCGGCCGUUUCUUUUUCUGGUCGAUGUGUGUAAGACUCGUUAAGGAUUUAACCUUAAGAAGGUUUAUGCUGUUGUUAGGGAACCGCGCAGGUUUCUGAACGCGGAUAUCGUCAGUUUCUCUCGUUUUAGCGAAUGGGUGUCUUUCGAGAUCUAAAUGUCAAUCCACGCGAUAGAGACAUUAGAGAAUUCUUGCAGAUUUUCGGAUACACAGGUUGAUUAACAUAUUGAUGAUUUAUCAUAUCCGAAACAUGGCCAAAAAUUGAAAUUUACUUUAUUAUUAUUAAUAUUAUUAUCAAAGCAUAGUGAUUUUCAUAUAAAAAAUUGAAUAAAAAAUAGUACCUUAUUUUUAUAGUUUCUUAGAAUUUUGAUUUUAUUUGGAAAAGAGAGAAAAAAAGAGAGAACGCUUCGUGCACUUGUCAACCUCGAAACAUCAUCCAUUUCAUAGUCUAUAGCGGAAUCGAUCUAUCUUGUCCUUGUCAGGGUUUUAAUUCACGCGAAGAAAGUAACAUCUCGCCGAUGCAAAGGCACGCCAAAUUUCAGUCGAUCUCCAAUUCACGCCAUCGGAAUAGUCUUUUAAUCGCCAUUAAAUGAUGUUGAUACACGCCAUGUGGGUCACUUUCGGGUCACUUUUACUCUCGAUAUUAUACAAGGCAAUUCCUGCGGCAACGCGCGGCGCGCAUCGGAAAUCUCGUGGUCCUGAUAAAUCGCGGCUACAUUAAAAUGCACGGGGCGCGGCCGAGUUUAAGUUAGUUCCCCGAGAGACGUAAUGGCUACGGUAGAAAGAGCGAAAAAACGAAAAAAGGAAAGAGAGAAAUAGAAAGAGAGAAAGAGAGAGAAAGAAUAAAGGACGAAGGAGGGCAAGGUACAGCGAAGAUGUACUUCACGGAACGAGAUUAUUUUUCCGCCCGAGUGUACCCAGUGGAAUUCCACGGUCACCCGGCCUGAGAAAGGUGACUGCACCUUGAAUCGACUCCCGGCGGCGCGGUGCAGUCGCUUGCUCGCUAGCUCGCUGCUGGGCGUGGAAGAGAGUAGCGGAAUUUCAGCUCCGGUAGAAUCUGCAACGGGUUCGAAGAUUAGGCUCGAAGAGCAUUAACUCGUCGGCACGACGGAAAUCGGACGGAAAUUGAAUACGUUUAGUAUUUGCAGCGAUGUGUGUUAAUUUACACUCGGACUGUCUCAGAAAUAUCGCGAUUACUUUUUUUUUUUUCAAUCGAUUUCUCCCUUUUUUUUCUCUCUGUUUCUAUCGCGUGUGGUAAUAAUAUAAUAAAGUUGCAUAAAAAUCAAUUUUUAAAAAGUUAAAAGAAAAGACAUGUGUGCAUAUAUACAUAGCAAACAUGAUUUAUAAAAUUAUAGAUACAUUAAAAAUGAAAUAAUGUGUUUAACGUUAAAAGCUAAAGGAAUAAAUGUCACCAAAUAAAAUACGGUAGUAAUGGUACACCGAGCAUGAUUUAUCGGAGGAAAAUUACGGAUGCAUCGAAUGGCGAAGAUACGGCGGGAGUGAAAGUUACUAUCGAUAAUGGAGUAACCGUCGUUCGGUAUCGCCGAAGAGAAAGAUAUAUUGCAGCUCUACUUUUAGGUAUAACUGUGCGCAGAAUUCUCUCUUCUCUCCCGUGGAUGCGUUUGCACAUAUCUCAAGGACACUCUCAUCUUCGCUCUCAUAAAACCAAAA